GGCCGGGCGCGCGGCGCAGGGCCGGGCGGCGGAGGCUCCAAUGAGCGCGCGCCGCGUCCGGGGCCGGCUGGUGCGCGAGACGCCGCCGAGAGAUUGGUGGCUAAUGUAACAGUUUGCAAACCGAGGGGAGUUGUGAAGGGCGCGGGUUUGGGGGCGCGCUGCCGGCCUCGUGGGUACGUCCGCCGCCGCGUUUGUCCCAGAGCUGGGGCCGCAGGAGCGCAGAGGCACAAUGGCAGCCACCAUCAGGAGGCAGAGGCCGGGGAGGCUAGCCUGUUGGGCUGUGAUGGCUGUGCUCUUGGCCGACCUGUUGGCACUGAGUGACACACUGGCUGUGAUGUCUGUAGAUCUGGGCAGCGAGUCGAUGAAGGUGGCCAUCGUCAAACCCGGAGUGCCCAUGGAAAUUGUCUUGAACAAGGAAUCCAGGAGGAAAACCCCAGUGACUGUGACCCUGAAAGAAAAUGAAAGAUUCUUUGGAGACAGUGCAGCAAGCAUGGCCAUCAAGAAUCCAAAGGCGACACUGCGUUACUUCCAGCACCUCCUGGGGAAGCAGGAGGGAAACCCCCACGUGGCCCUUUACAGAGCUCGUUUUCCAGAGCAUGAGCUAGGCUUCAACCCACAGAGGCAAACCGUGCACUUCCAGAUCAGCCCGCAGCUACAGUUCUCACCUGAAGAGGUGCUUGGCAUGGUUCUCAACUACUCCCGUUCCCUGGCUGAGGAUUUUGCUGAGCAGCCCAUCAAAGACGCGGUGAUCACGGUGCCGGCCUUCUUCAAUCAGGCUGAGCGCCGGGCCGUGCUGCAGGCCGCACGCAUGGCCGGCCUCAAAGUGCUCCAGCUCAUCAACGACAACACCGCCACGGCCCUCAGCUAUGGGGUCUUCCGCCGGAAAGAUAUCAACACCACCGCCCAGAACAUCAUGUUCUACGACAUGGGCUCUGGCAGCACUGUGUGCACCAUCGUGACCUACCAGACAGUGAAGACCAAGGAGGCGGGGAUGCAGCCGCAGCUGCAGGUCCGGGGUGUGGGAUUUGACCGUACCCUGGGGGGCCUGGAGAUGGAGCUCCGGCUGCGUGAGCACCUGGCUAAGCUUUUCAAUGAACAGCGCAAGGGCCAGAGAGCAAAGGACGUGCGGGAGAACCCCCGUGCGAUGGCCAAGCUGCUGCGGGAAGCGAAUCGACUUAAAACCGUCCUGAGUGCCAACGCUGAUCACAUGGCACAGAUCGAGGGCCUGAUGGACGAUGUGGACUUCAAGGCGAAAGUGACCCGAGUAGAGUUUGAAGAGCUCUGUGCAGACUUAUUUGAGCGGGUACCUGGGCCCGUACAGCAGGCUCUCCAGAGUGCUGAGAUGAAUUUGGAUGAGAUUGAGCAGGUGAUCCUGGUUGGCGGGGCCACUCGGGUCCCUAAAGUUCAGGAGGUGCUGCUGAAGGCUGUGGGCAAGGAGGAACUAGGGAAGAACAUCAAUGCAGACGAAGCAGCUGCCAUGGGGGCCGUGUACCAGGCAGCCGCGCUCAGCAAAGCCUUCAAGGUGAAGCCAUUUGUAGUCCGAGAUGCGGUCCUCUACCCCAUCCUGGUGGAGUUUACAAGGGAGGUGGAGGAGGAUCCUGGGGUUCGCAGCCUGAAGCACAAUAAGCGUGUUCUAUUCUCACGAAUGGGGCCCUACCCUCAACGCAAAGUCAUCACCUUUAACCGCUACAACCACGACUUCAACUUCCACAUCAACUAUGGCGAUCUGGGCUUCCUGGAGCCCGAGGAUCUUCGGGUCUUCGGCUCCCAGAAUUUGACCACGGUGAAGCUAAAAGGUGUGGGUGAGAGCUUCAAGAAGUAUCCCGACCACGAGUCCAAGGGCAUCAAGGCUCACUUCAACCUGGAUGAGAGCGGCGUGCUCAGCCUCAUCAGGGUGGAGUCUGUGUUUGAGACCCUGGUGGAGGAUAGCCCUGAGGAGGAAUCCACCCUGACCAAACUUGGCAACACCAUCUCUAGCCUGUUUGGAGGGGGCACAACGGCAGACACUAAAGAGAACGGUACAGACGCUGUCCAGGGGGUGGGGGCGUCUGUGAUUGUUUCCCAGGAGGAGGAGGAAAGCCCUGCUGAGGGGAGCAAGGAUGAGCCUGGGGAGCAGGCAGAGCUCAAGGAGGAGGCUGAGGCCCCCGCGGAGGACACUUCUCAGCCCCCACCUGCUGAGCCCAAGGAGGAUGCAGCCCCUGAGGAAGAAAAGGCUGCAGAAAAAGAAAAUGAGGAAAAGUCUGAGGCCCAGAAGCCAAGUGAGAAAAAGGAAACAGGGUCUGAGGGUGUUCCUCCAGCCCCAGAGGAAGAAAAGAAGCAGAAGCCUGCCCGGAAGCAGAGAAUGGUAGAGGAGAUCGGGGUGGAGCUGGUAGUCCUGGACCUGCCUGACUUACCUGAGGAAGAGCUGGCCCGCUCAGCGAAAAAACUCCAAGACUUGACACUCCGAGACCUAGAGAAGCAGGAACGGGAAAAAGCUGCCAACAGCUUGGAAGCUUUUAUCUUUGAGACCCAGGACAAACUGUACCAGCCUGAGUACCAGGAAGUGUCCACUGAGGAGCAGCGUGAGGAGAUCUCUGGGAGGCUUAGCGCGGCCUCCACCUGGCUGGAGGACGAGGGCUUUGGGGCCACCACCGUGAUGCUGAAGGAGAAGCUGACUGAACUGAGGAAGCUAUGCCAUGGGUUGUUUUUUCGGGUGGAAGAGCGCAAGAAGUGGCCUGAACGGUUGUCUGCCCUUGAUAAUCUCCUCAACCAUUCCAGCAUGUUCCUCAAGGGUGCCCGGCUCAUCCCAGAGAUGGAUCAGAUCUUCACUGAGGUGGAGAUGACAACAUUAGAGAAAGUCAUCAACGAGACCUGGGCCUGGAAGAAUGCGACCAUGGCCGAGCAGGCCAAACUUCCUGCCACAGAGAAGCCCGUAUUGCUCUCAAAAGACAUUGAGGCCAAGAUGAUGGCCCUGGACCGUGAGGUGCAGUAUCUGCUCAAUAAGGCCAAGUUUACCAAGCCCCGGCCCCGACCCAAGGACAAGAACGGGACCCGGGCAGAGCCUCCCCUCAAUGCCAGUGACCAAGCGGAAAAGGUCAUCCCUCCACCAGGCCAGACUGAAGAUGCAAAGCCCAUUUCAGAACCUGAGAAAGAGACUCCAGGAUCUGAACCGGCUGAUGCUGAGCCUCUGGAGCUGGGAGGUCCUGGAGCAGCAGAACCGGAACAGAAGGAACAGCCAACAGGACAGAAGCCAACUUUGAAGAAUGAUGAACUAUAACCCCCAGUUCCCAUUCAUCCUGCCCCCUUCUCCUACCUCCUCUAUUUAUUAAACAUCAAGGGUGGGGGGAGGGGUUGCUCCUGCCCUCACAGGCUUCAGUUCCUUUUCUCUCACCUUGAUCAGAGGUGUGGAGAAGGGGACGGAAGGGACAGCUCACCAGUUCCUUCUGCAAUGGUUCUGUGGUAAAAACUGAAAUUGCUCGAUUUCCUAAUCCCACCCCUGGUUCCCUACCCAUCCAGGCCCUAAUUUGGGAAAAAUCACUAUUAUGUCUUAAUUCUUUGCCUGUGGGUAGGUGAGAGAUUGACCGUGAGGGGUCAACGGACCUGGCAGGGGGAGGGGUGCCCUGGGAUAUUAGAGUCUCCAGUCUUCUCUGUCCUCCUUCCUGCUCCCUCUUCCACCACGAAGUCCGCCCUACAGGGGCCAGUGUCUACAGAGCCUUGGUUACCAGGUCUGGUUUCUGAGUGCCUAUCUCUGCUCUUUUCUUCUCCACGGUCUUGUCUUUCCCUAAAAGGCCUCAUCCCCAGUGACUCCUCUUCCCAUGGUUUCCUUGCCUUCCUGUGGCAAGUUAGGCAGCUGCUGCCUCCUGCCCAAGCCCUUCUAUCCAGGCAGGCUGCAGCAAAGCUAGAUUAAUCCCCACCUGCUUGUGCACCGCCCCCCAGCAUUCCCCCCUCCGGUGGCCAGAGUAGGCAGGGAGAAAGCGAAGGAGGAGAGAGAUGUGUGAAAAACCCAGAGCUCCCACUUGCGGGCUCUCAGGCCCAGGAGAGCGUGCGGAAUGGCCUGCGUGGGAUGCCGGCCUCCUGUGAGCACUGUCGGAGUCUGCAUCGGCCCAAUAGCCUGUUCCUCCAUGUCCCUAUGACUCUUGGCCCCCUGCUCUCUCCCCUUUUCCCCCCCAGACAUAGCCUUUCCCUGGCCCCCUAGCCCCCUGGGCUGACCAAAAUGUGCUUUCUACUGUGAGCCCCUAUCCUAAGACCCUGGGAAAAGGAGAAGCCGUGGUGUGAAUGUAAAAAGGCCACCUCGCCCUUUUCGCGACAGGCCUUGUCGGGGACAGAAAGGGGUAGGGGCUGGCCUGCCUUUCUUGAGUUGCUCUGCUGAGAUGGGGGCUCUUGACCCACCGUGCCCAUGUUGGGGAGCCUACCCUCCGUAUCCCGAAUGGAGCAGGAGCCACAGCUGCCACCCAGCUCCCAGGGUAAGGGGGAAUCUGGUUGUGUCUGUCUUCUGUCCUUUUUUUUUUUCCCUUUUUUUUUUUUUUUUUUUUUUUUUUUUUUUUGCCACAUUGGCAGAAAUGAGACCGCAGGGUCCCACCCCGUUCUGUAUGUUUGAGUUCUUUCACUAGCGGUUGAGGCUGGUUGGACAGGUUUGAGUCAAAUUGUACUUUGGUCCAUUGUUAAUUGAGAAACUGUUUCAAUAAAAUAUUCUUUUCUACAGUU